UUUGUUCCCUCCAUUAAACACUCAUGCUUUUGCCUUGUCGUCACGAGCCACAAGGCAUUUUAUUUUGAAGGCGUCGUCGUAGGCCUUUAUUCUGAAGCUGUGAACCGGAAGCUGCGUGUGCGAUGGUCUCCAACAGCUGACAGUCUGAGAGGCUGCAGAGAACCGGAGCCGCUCCAGUUCUGCGGAUUUUCUGCUUCUGCUGAAGAAACCUGCUGCUGGAUCCGGAUCCACCCUGACCAGGAGAGUCCGAACGGAGCCGAACCGAGCUGAGCCGGAUCAGAACAAACCCGGAUACAGAGAGACAGACAGACAGAGAGACAGACAGGCUGCUUCAUCUCCUCCUGCAGAGCCGGCCGGAGUCAUCCUCAUCCUCCCGAGGAGGAGAUGCUGUCAGGAUAAUCUGACCCAGGAUCAGUGAUGCUGGCCUCUGUUUCACAGCCUCCGGACUCGAACCUGUGAGGUGGAUCCAACAUGGCCGCUGUGUGUGGAGCUUCAUUAACAGUGUGUGUGUGUGUCCUGCUGCUGCCUUCUGUCACCGCGUUUCAGUUGAGGAACAUCGAGUGCGCCUUCACCGACAACCUGCCGGACUCAGAACCUCACAGCGGGCUGACCAAUGAGCUGCGAGGAGUGGUGCGAGAAAACAACACGAUCCGCUGCAUCCGCGGCUCGCGCUGCUAUGGAUUGUGGGAAAAGAGACCAGACGGGGAAAUACACCUGGUCAAGCAAGGUUGCUGGAUUAGCAUCGGUAACGAGCAGGAGUGUCAUGGCGACCGUUGCCUGGUAACAACCACGCCCUCUCAGAUCCAGAACGGCAGCUACAGAUACUGCUGCUGCAACCGAGACCUUUGCAACGCCAACUUCACCGAGGCUCCGCCCACCGCCGACACCCCCGCCCUGAGGCUGAUGAAGCCGGAUGGGUGGGACGACAGACAGACAGCUCACCAGCCACUGAGGCGGGAGGAGACAGCACUCAUCGCGCUGGUAACCGUCGCCAUAGCAGCCAUUGUCAUCAUAGCGUUGUUCCUGGGAUACCGCAUGAUGAGAGGGAAGAAGAAACACAGUCUGUCUGCUCUGGAUGUGAUGGAGGCAGCAAACACAGACGCUGCUGUCGACCUGGAUAACCUGAAACUACUGGAGCUGAUUGGUCGGGGGCGUUAUGGCACAGUGUUUCGCGGCAGUCUUAACGAGCGCUGCAUGGCGGUCAAACUCUUCAGCUCGGCCAACCGGCAGAACUACGCCAACGAGCGCUCCAUCUACUGCCUGCCGCUGCUGCAGCAGCACGACAACAUCGCCCGCUUCCUGUCGGCUGACGAGAGGACGACGGCUGACGGGCGGCCGGAGUUCCUGAUCCUGAUGGAGUUCUACCCACAUGGCUGCCUGUCUCACUACCUGUCUCUCCACACGGUGGACUGGACCACCUGCUGCAGGAUGACCCACGGUGUCACCAGAGGACUGGCCUUCCUGCACACUGAGCUCUACAGAGGAGACCAGUACAAACCAGCGGUGGCCCACAGAGACGUCACCAGCAGGAACGUUCUGGUCCGAGCCGAUCUGUCCUGCGUCCUCGCCGACUUCGGUCUGUCCAUGAGGCUGACAGGAAGCAGACCCUGUUGCCCCGGAGACGACGACACCAUGGCCAUUUCUGAGGUGGGGACGGUGCGGUACAUGGCUCCAGAGGUUCUGGGUGGAGCUCUGAACCUCCGGGACUGCGAGUCGGCGCUGAAGCAGGUGGAUGUUUACGCUCUGGGUCUGCUCUACUGGGAGAGCUUCAGGAGGUGUUCACACCUGUUCCCAGGUGAAUCAGUACCAGAGUACCAGCUUGCGUUCCAGGCUGAGUUGGGGAAUCAUCCGACCUUCGAGGAGAUGCAGAUCCUCGUCGCCAGAGAGAAAUUCAGGCCCAGAUUCCCUGAAGCCUGGAAGGAGAACAGCCUGGCGCUACGCUCCCUGAAGGAGACGAUGGAGGACUGCUGGGACCAGGACGCUGAAGCUCGGCUCACCGCUCAGUGUGCCGAGGAGAGGCUGUCUGAACUCACACUGCUGAGUACACACACUGCAGUACACAACCACAGGAACCUGUCUCAUGGCUGCUGGCCUGCUCAGGUUGGCUCCGCCUCCUCCUACAUUGAAGAUCUGCAGGUGGGCGUGGUCAAGAAUCUCCAGGGAGACGGCCAUCAAGCAUCUCUUGUCAAAACGACUGCGAUCGGAGCUGAAGGUGGAGAAAAGAACAGAAACUCCAUCAACUAUGAACGACAGCAGGCUCAGACUCGGUCGUCCGGAUCAGACGGCGCCGCCCAGACGCCUUCUAACAUCCUGUCCAGCCUCUCUGAGUGUGAACACUCGGGUGGCGCUGUGUUCAGGGUCCCGGUCUGCCUGCAGCUGACAGAAGAAGACCUGGAGGCCAACAAACUGGACCCCAAAGAGGUUGACAAGAACUUGAGAGAAAGUUCUGAUGAGAACUUGAUGGAACAUUCACAGAAACCGUUUGGCUCAACAGAGCAGAACACGCUGCUGUACCACCAGAUACUGCAAACUGCUGAGGCGAGUCGUUCCACUCCUCAGGGUGAACCGGGGGAACCUCACUCCUCCACCCACCCCCUCCCCAAACAGCAGAACCUGCCCCAGAGGCCCACCAGCCUCCACCUGCUGCACAAAACCAAGGAGAACACUUCAGCUGCGUCUCGACUGAAGCUGGGAAAGCUCAAGUCAAACCACCGACAGGUGGAGACCGGCGUUGCUAAGAUGAACACUGUAACAGUGGCCUCGGCUGUAGAGCCUCACACAGUGACCAACAGCACCAGCACUAGAGGCGGUGUCACCACUGGGAACCGAGCCCAACCAGUGAUGGUGGUCGCUAACGGCUACAGCGCGGGCGUCCCCACCCUGGUGACGAAUGGCAUCGUAGGCGGAGGUCGGACCAAUCCGGCAGGGCCACAGCUGGAGGACGAGGACAAGCUGGAGAGAGGCAUGAUGGGAGGAGAGGACAACUGUAUGAACCCGCUCAACUUCAGCCCCGAUGAACAUGAACCAUUGCUGAGGAGAGAACAGCCGCCGGCUGAGAGCGAACCUCCUCCUCCUCCUCCUCCUCAUCAUCAUCAUCAUCAUCAGUCCCGACCCGGAAGCAUCCAGUCAGGACGAGGCUCCAACUCCAACAACAACAACAACAGGAUACCGGUGGGAUCAGACGUCAAGAUCCAGAGUUUAGAGGUGGAACCCAAACCUGAGCAACACCUGGUGGGUCAGCAGAUCAGUGGACCCACAGUUACGGCUCCAAUAUUAAAUCAGGAGGAGCAAGUUCUGCCUUCUGGUCCAGCAGGAGGUGCUGACCAAACAGCUGAGGCCCCUCCCACCUGCCAAGAUGGAGGUCAAGACUCAGGAACAGGUCCAUGUGUCCAGAGAGACCUUUCUUCAGAACCACUAUCUACCAGAAGCCCAAAAUCUCAUCUGGACCCCGGCUGCAGAGGUCCAGAUCCUAGCUUUACUCCGAGCUCAGCAAGUUCAGCUUCAAAAGCACAAGAACUGGACACCAAAACCUCAAAAUCUUCCUCAGAAACCCUGGACCCCCAGACCUGUGGUCCAGAAAUUCAAGCCCUGAAACCUGCAGAUCCAGAAGCUUCACCUUUAGAGGUUCCAGAUUCUGAAACUCCAGCUUUGAAAUGUCAAGAGUCAGAAGCCGCAGCUGGUUCAGGAGCUUCUGUUCCAGAACCAGUGGCUCUACGAGGUCCAGUGUCAGAUCCACAAAGAGCAGCUCUGUUACGACCCCAGAUAGGACCGGCCAAGGCCAAGAGGCCUGAGCGUCCCUGUUCUCUGGACCUGUCUUCAUCCUGUGUCUCCUCAGACGAUGUUUCUCUGACGGGCAGUCUGAGCGCUUCAGGAGAGAAAAUAAAACGUCGAGUCAAGACUCCGUACACCCUGAAGAAAUGGCGUCCGGCCUCAUGGGUCGUUUCCACGGACACGGCUCUCGAUGUGGACUUCGACUUCAACAACAGUGGUAGUAGCAGCAGCCAGACCCAGUUCUCUGGUCCCCAAAGAGCAGGAAGCUUCAGCACCCCCAAAAUCAAUCAGUCCAAAUCCAGCAUGGCUGUGUUUUUAGUUGGAAGCGGAGCGACGGAGACCACGACGUCUGAGCCCGACGGACUGACCUGCUUCUAAAGCUUUCCAUUGUUAAAGAGCAGAUUUAUGUUUCA